GUGAAGAGGAAGGAAGUGGUGUUCUUUAACCACCUGCUUUCUCUGUCCUUUCUACCUUCAUGCCCACAGAGGGGCAUUAGGGUUUGUGAGAACUCCCUUUCUUUCAAUGUAAAGGGUUUUCUUUUGUUCAAUCUUCUUCUUUAUGUUAUUGUCACUGAAGCCACACGGAGACUAGAGGAGCAGCGAUGAGGUUAACAGCGAGUGGAUUUGUUGUCUUCCUUCUCUCUAUGCCAGAGGAAAGGCGUCUUUGAACACAUCGUUCCUCUUUCACUUCUCACAGAGAUGAGAGGAGCAGCUAUGAGUUUAACUGCAGCAGUGAGUGGAUUAGUGGUCUUCCUGCUCUCUGUGUCAGUGGUUCAGGGUCAGGAUGUCUGGGGAGUGACUUACUCUUCUACUGAGAUCUGUGCAGUGAAAGGAUCAACAGUGGAGAUAAACUGCAGCUACACAUACCCAUCUACAUGGAGAGGUGGUGUUAACACAGUAGAGAAAACAUUCUGGUUUAUUGAGAAGAAAGAUGAUGAACCUAUAGAGCUCUUCCCAGACUCAGAGUAUGCAGGUCGUGUUGAGACUCUCUGUGGAAACAACAUCUGCACUCUGAGAAUCAGAAACCUGAGAGAGAGCGACUCAGCUCAGUACAGGUUCAGGUUCACAACAAACCAAGAUGCAUUUACUGCUGAACCUGGAGUCACUUUGUCCGUCACAGAUCUCACAAUGCUGUUUGAACCCAAAUAUACUAACAAGGUAGAGCUGAAGUGUGAGAGCAGUUGUCGUGUACCCUCUGGUCAUUAUGUCUGGUACAGCAACGGAGAGAAAACUCGGACAGGGAAAUCUUCUGCUCGACUAUUCCACUUAGGUGAUACAGAGAGAUUUUCCUGUGCUCUGAAAGGAUAUGAGGACUUCCCCUCUCCUGCAGUGUAUGCUCCAAAGCUCCCCUCUGUGUCAGUGAGUCCCUCUGCUGAGAUAGAGGAGGGCAGUUCAGUGACUCUGACCUGUAGCAGUGAUGCUAACCCAGCAGCUCAAUACACCUGGUACAAGGAGGGUGGAAAUCAGAAACCUCCUCUACUCACUAAAGCACCACAGCUUGUCCUCAGCUCCAUCCAGGUUUCUGACUCUGGAGUGUAUUACUGUACAGCUGAGAGCGUGCUGGGGAAGACAUCGAAUAUUAUAUCUAUUGAUGUCAAAUAUGCUCCAAAGCUCCCCUCUGUGUCAGUGAGUCCCUCUGCUGAGAUAGAGGAGGGCAGUUCAGUGACUCUGACCUGUAGCAGUGAUGCUAACCCAGCAGCUAACUACACCUGGUACAAGGAGUACCAAACACUGCCUCUGGGAGCAGAAGGAAGUCAUCAUUUCCCCUCCAUCAGCUCUGAGGACAGAGGGAACUACUACUGCAAGACUGAGAAUCAAUAUGGAGAGAUCAUCUCUACAUCUCUACCUGUAGAUGUGCAGUAUGCUCCAAAGCUCCCCUCUGUGUCAGUGAGACCCUCUGCUGAGAUAGAGGAGGGCAGUUCAGUGACUCUGACCUGUAGCAGUGAUGCUAACCCAGCAGCUAACUACAUCUGGUACAAGAAGGCUCCAAAUGCACACUUUUCUCAUGUCAAUGAAGGACCGAUUCUUGUCUUCAGCUCCAUCCACUCCUCUGACUCUGGACAGUACAAUUGUACAGCUGAGAACAAGCUGGGGAAGAGAUCUACAAACAUCUCCAUUGAUGUGAAAUAUGCUCCAAAGCUCCCCUCUGUGUCAGUGAGUCCCUCUGCUGAGAUAGAGGAGGGCAGUUCAGUGACUCUGACCUGUAGCAGUGAUGCUAACCCAGCAGCUAACUACACCUGGUACAAGGAGAAUGAAGACUCUCCAAACGCUUCAGGACAGAUCUUCACCAUCACUGACUUCAGAGCUGAACACAGUGGGAGUUAUUCCUGUGAAGCCCAGAACAAGUUAGGACGUAGUAACUCCACCUUAUAUCUGAGUGUUGGAACAGGGAGUUCAAGAAUGAUGGUGAAUAUCAUCAGGACGACUCUGGGGGUCUUGAUUCUGAUGCCUGUGUUUCUCCUGAGUCUGUGGAUGAGGAAGGAGAAAUCUCUGAGAUCAAGCACUGGAGCACAUACACCUGAAGAGAUAGAGUUGGACUCUGUUCCUGAGUAUGAGAACGUCUCUCUCACUGCAGCACAGACAGAAGACCCAGAGGAGCAGGAAGACAUGGUGUGAAGUCCAGUCAGAUGCUCACCUGAUGGACACCAAUAAGAAGGACAUUGAAAUAUCCCUGAUGAGAGUGAGGCUGUGCAGGAUGUGGGGGAGGUGGAUACAUUCACCUUCAACUCCCAAUAUGUUUUAUAGUCAGUGUUCAGUAGCAGCAGCAGGUAGGAGUCAGCAGCAUGGACGUCUAGCAGAAUGUGUUGCUGGCAGCUUGAACUGAAUCAUGUCGAGGUGUCAGACAUGACUUAUUGUUCAGAGCAGCUGAUGGUCAGGUGCUGUAACAUACUGCUUUAAGUAUGCAUGCUUAUUUUAUUAUCUGUAGAAUCUGUGAUAAUACAGAAGUCUAUGAUAAGUGUUCUUGUGCAUUUUAUCCUUUUGAAUUUUCUACAUAAUAAAUAACCUUCUUUAAAUCCUGA